UGCAGACACAAAGGAAUUCCACUAGUAAUUUGUUUGCUGUUGUUAACAGAAACACAGUUGUGGAUGAACAAGGAGUACCAGAGGGGCUGAGUACACAUCCUUGUGGAGUAUCGGUGUUCGGUUAGAGUAGAGGAGAUGUGGUCGCCAAGCCUUACUGGAAUCUGCUGAUGAAGAAGUCUAGGAUUCAGCUGCAGAGAGGGGCAUUGAGAGCCAGGUCAUGGUGUUUUGAGGCCAGUCUGAUGGGACCUCUUGUACUGAAAGCAGAGCUGUAAUUGAUGAUCAGCAUCCUCACAUAUGUGUUUUUGCCUUUCAGGCGAAGACAAUCAGUUUAUUUUCAAGGCUCAGGAAUUGCACAAAAGCAUAAAUUCAGAGGAACUUUCCCGAUUUUCACGUCCCUUUUAAAACUCAGCAAAGGGUUAUCCACAAUAUUUUAGCCGCACGUUUCCGAAAUAUCUCGAGCGGUCUCGCGCGGCUGCAAGGACAUGCCUGACCAAGAAAGGCACAACGCAGGCAAGCAGUAAAGACCAGUCACACACCUGGAAGGAGGUUCGACAGCAGGGUGGGUUGAGUGCGGACAGGCUGGCCAGCCAUCGCCAGCGAGAGCAGCUUUCCACACGUGCACUCGAGCCGUCCUUGCUGAAAACCCUAGAACGUGAAGGACUUGUAGACCCGGCCGCCCAGGCCAUCGAUUACUCGAAGCAAUAAUUAGGACAGUAGCCGAGUGUCCAUCGACAGCGCCAUUCCCACCAGUGCAGGAUUCCCCUUGCGAGUGGACUGUGCCCCUGGCUGAGAGACGAUGACAUCGCAUGGAAAACUGAGGCGGGAGAAAGGAAGUCUCGCGGAAUAUGAAACGCAAAUCAAAGAGGUGCGCAGUCAGCUCUCGGAGCAGCUUAAGGUCCUUGAUGCGCAGCUGGAGCAGAAAACGCAGCUGCUCCAGGACCUCAGUGACUACCUGCGUCGCCGGGGGGAGAUCGAGGGGGAAUACGCUCGUUCCCUGGAAAAACUGACAGAGAGGUUCACCGCCAAGAUAAAGAGAAAGGAGCAGAGCGAGCAGUCGGUGGCCCAGUGCUGGUCGGUGCUGCUGACCCAGACCCGGCAGGAGAGCAAGGACCACAGCAUCAUCAGCGAGUACUGCAGCAACACCCUGACCCAGCGCCUCUCCCACUGCAUGGAGGACACAUGCCGGCUGGCUAAGCGGAGCAAAGAAGUUGGCCUUCAGAUCCAGGAUGAGCUCCUUAAAGUGACCAUGGAACUGCAGAUCGCGUUAAAGACCUAUCACCAGUACCACAUAGACUGCCUUGCUGCUGAGGUAAAAUUAAAGGAAGCUGCACGAUUGGAGGAAAGGCAGACUGGCAAAUCAGCUGACCUGGGACUGGGCCAAUCAGGGGGCCAGAGGCGGAGCUCUGUCAAGAAAAUGGAAAGACUACUGGAAAAGAGACAAGGAAAGGUCCAGGAGACCCAGCUGAAGUGCACUAAGGCUCGCAAUGACUACCUGCUGAACCUGGCUGCUGCCAAUGCCUCCAUGAACAAGUACUAUCUUGAGGACAUCUGCACUCUUAUUGAUUGCACUGAUCAGGGGUACCACAUGUCCCUGUCACGGGUGAUGCGUGGAUAUCUGUCCAGCCGGUACAAAGCCCAGCAGAACCUACAGAACGGACUGCAGCAGCUUGACACGGCUGUGACUGGCCUAAGCCAGACCCAGGACAGGGAUGCCCUGCUACAGGCGCACAACACCACCUUUUGCUUGCCCUUCCGCUUCCAGUACCAGCCCCACGAGGGGGACCAGGUAUGUGAGGUGAGUGCAGAAAGUCAAGUGAGAUAUGAACUGGAGACACGUUACCAGCAGCUGCAGUCCAGGCUUGCUGCCAUCACUCUGGAGACCGAGGAGGUUAGCAAAACUCUGAGAGCCACACAGUCUGCCCUCCUGGACAGCAUUUCCGAUGAUGACUGCAAUGUUGCCCCUGACCCUUCCACCACCCAGUCACAGGAGACUGGAGAUGCAUCUGGGACCAAACUUAGUUUGGCAAAGCGCCGAGCCAAUCAGCAAGAGACCGAGACCUACUAUUUCACAAAAGUGAAGGAGUACCUCAACGGCAGCUCCUUGAUCUCCAAACUUCAGGCCAAACAUGACCUGCUCAAAGAGGCCAUACAGAAAGCUGAAGCAAUUGACAGUGACCCAUCCAGAGGACACUCCAAUAGGUCAGUGCGCACGCGGAAGGCUCGGCCCUGCUCCCAGUACAACCGCAAACUCUUCACUGGAGACAUGCUCUCCCUCAUCCAGAGUUCAGGGCAGCAGAUCCCCCUCGUGGUAGAAAGCUGCAUUCGCUUCAUUAACCUGCACGGUUUGCACCAUGAGGGCAUAUUCCGAGUGCCGGGAUCUCAGAGUGAAGUUAACAGCAUCAGAGAUGCCUUUGAGAGAGGGGAGGACCCCCUGACGGACAGUGAGUGCGACAUCGACUCGGUGGCUGGCGUGCUGAAGCUGUACUUCAGAGGACUAGAGAAGCCGCUCUUUCCGGAGGAAAGCUUCAGCCAGCUCAUGGAAUGUGUCCCAAUUGAGAAUGUGGUGGAGAGAGCAGCCCAGAUAAAGUCUGUUGUGUCCACCUUCCCCCGACCCAUUGUGGUUGUCAUGAGAUACCUCUUCGCCUUCCUUCAUCAUGUUUCCCAGUACAGUGAUGAGAACAUGAUGCAGCCCUAUAACCUGGCCGUGUGCUUCGGGCCCAGCCUGCUGAGAGGGGCAGAGAUGGGCGAUGCUGUCACCCUGCAGCCGCAGAUCAAUGCAUUGGUCAAGACCAUGAUCCUCCACCACGAGAGCAUCUUUCCUGGCCCAACAGAGCUGCCGGGCCCUGUCUACGAGAAAUGCAUGACCCUGGAGCAGGAGUACUGUGAACCGAUUCCAGAAGAAGGAGAUGGAGAGUCUGAACCACUGCACAAUGAAGAUGAGUGUGAUGCGGUGGCCGUGUUUGAUUACGUCGCUCGCUCCCCAGCAGAGCUUUCCUUCAAGCAGGGGGAACACCUGAUACUUCAUGGCAAGGCCUCAUCUGAUUGGUGGAGGGGUGAAGUGGGCGGGGUCAAGGGCCUCAUUCCACACAAGUACAUCAAUGUAUCUGAAGGGGUAGAGCGCAAGCACGAGCGAAGCAGAAGGGAGGAUGGUCGAGGUGGCAGCACUGGAAACUUAGCAGAGGAGCAGCAGACAGUGGACCAUGGCACCCGUCUCAGAGUGAACAGUGACAGCGCGUCACUCCCUAGCAGACAGAAGGGCGGGGGAAGCAGCAGUCCAGUUCGAAAGCUCACCUUACAGCUGCCUGAGGGGCGACUCAUCCUGCCUCCCCCUUCUCCUGGCCUUGUCCGCCCUCCAGCAGGCACCCAGGAGAGGAGAAACACCUUUGACUCACUGAGACAAAUGGGUGCCGAGAGACAGACAGUGAUGGUUGAUAAGGAGGUCAGUCGUCAGAUGAAUUCGGUCUUCAAGGAGCUUCUUUCUCGACAACCCCCCCUCGAUCCCAUUGUCACUGCCUCCCCCUCCCCAGUUUCCCCCUCGCCUUCGGGUGCUCGGCCCCCUCAGAAGAAGGGAGGGUUUGGUCUGAGAGGAAGAACACUGUUCAAACCUGCUGAUCAACAGGACUGAACAAGAGUGGGGAAAAAAAACAAAAGAAUGAGCGUAAAGGUGGGAAAAACACAAAAGAGACGGAGGGAGAGAGACUUGGUUAGGAAGAGUGGAAAGAGGGCAAGGACUUCAACUUCAGACAAUGACAUGUCUAAAAAGUAAUUACAUACAAGUGAAAAGAUAUAUAUUUUUUCCAGAUGUGCAGUUAUGCCACAUUGUUUCCUUUUCAUUCUCGGUCCCACAUCCUGUACAAUACAGUGCAGUUCCGUAGUGUGUGUGCCAUUGUAUCACUGUUGUGUUACAGAAACAUUAUCACGCAAAGGGGCUAGUCAUUGCUGAAGAGGUACUGAUGAUAUGGUGCACCAUGGAGCACCUCUAGUAGCAGAGAACAGUUUUUUAAAUUUAUAAUUAUGUACAUAAUUGGUGAGACAGUCAAGGGAAAAGGAUAAAGUCAUUUUAUAUUAGUGACAGCAGAGAGAUUUAUAACUACAUAGGUGGACUUGUGCCUGAGUGUAUGAGUAAUGGGAACAUAAAGAAUGGCUUGUAUGAGUGCCAGCUAGUAGACUUGAGGCACUGAGUGUGUGGCUGGAGGUCUCCUUUGGAUAUCUGAACAUAAAUCUGAUCUGGAACAGCUCUCUGAUAUCACGCCGUUAGAGCCUGCUUUGUGUCCGUUUUUAUAAUUUGUUCAGUGUUUCUGAUUCGUAUCAGCCAUUAUUCAUAGGAGAGCAGCUGAGCUGUGAUUUUAACUCAGCAGUUUGUUAAUAUUUUUUUCAGUACAGCUUAAAUAAGUCAAAUGAUAUUUUAGCCUUUCAAAAAUUACUUUAUGUGAGGUAUUGUAUCUAUUAAAAUGCGUGUUGUGCCAAAAAAGGUUUUUUUUUUUUUUGGUCCAUUUCCCAGAAUUCUGUUUUUCUCCUUUAAGUCAUGUUCAUGGAGAUGUAGGGGAAGUGUGCUGUUUGCUAAAUAAAUAAGCCAUGCAGACUGGAGCUGUUUUGUAAAUAUGAGUGUGAAAGUGUUUAUGAGCCUUUAAAACAAUGACUGGAACUUAAUUUGCAGUACAAGUAAGAAUCCAAAAUGAUUGCCGUGUGAUGGGAUUGCCAAAUUUAGAUGUCGGUUGGAGUGCGAUUUUCAACACUGCUGAAACUGAGCCACUUUUAAUUAAUAGCAUUCCAGGAGUUUGCUGAUUUGAGACCAUGAGCAGGUGGCUCAAGGCAUGAGUCUUAGGAAAGUGACUGGAAGUGUGCUGCCCUCUGUGAAGGAGGCCAGAUUGUACUCAAACUCAUUUAUAAUUAUGGUUUUGCUAAAAUGUGUUUUCUCUGUAGCCAUAUUUCAUUUUAUUACUGUGCUGGGGUGCAGUUAUUUUCAGGCUAUACUAAAAAAUAUUUUGCCCGUGCAGUAAAAGCCAAAAUAAAACGUGAUUUAACUUGCUGUGCAGCAAAUCCACUGACGUCCUGUUUGGGGUUAUAGGUGUUGUUCAGGGGAAAAAAUAUAAUACUAAAGUGUGGAUGCCCAACGGCUUUUACACACAUUUUUCACAGUCUCUCACUCAAAGCACACAGCUUUAGUCAAUGGCGUCAUGCAUGAAAUUUUAUUUAAAAAAAAAAAAAAAAAACACCAAAAGUGCAGGACUUUAGUUCAGUUCAGCUUGCAUUAAUGAGGUCAGAGAGAAAAGGUAAAUGACCGAACUGUGAAAAAACAGACAAGGAUGGAAUGGAGAGAAUCUGAGCCAGAACACAGCACCUUUUCUCAACUAUUUCUUCACAAAUGACAGAUAUUCGCAGCCAUUCAUCUUACUACUGCUACCACUAUUGCUACACAGACACUGGUGAACUCACUUCCUCCUUGUACUCUGUUUGAUGAUGUCACUGAGACUAUUUGUUGUUGAAAAG